CUGGCUGUGUUUAUUCCUGUUAACGGGUCCAGAGAGGCCACCAGUAUUACGUAACUUUACUGGAGCCAAGUUUUUUUGUUUUUUUUCUACAUCUGCCUUCCAGUCUUAGCACACUCUGCACAGAAAAAACUGCAAGAACAAGCUCAAUUUUCAUCUUAGCCAGGCCAUUCUUACAAUUUUCUUCACCAUGAUUUUCCAAGCUCUUUUUGAUUGCAUGGACUUUACCGGCUGGCUUCUGCUAGGGUUUGUAUUCCUGCUGAUAUUUGAUGCUGCGAAAAACGGGAGGCCUCCCAACUUUCCACCGGGGCCCUGGGCUGCGCCUUUUGUAGGAAACAUCUUAACGCCGUUGGACUUCAAAGCAAUGGAGAAGCUUUCAAAGGAGUAUGGUCCUGUGUUCAGCGUGAGAAAAGGCAGUGCGAGGCUGGUGUUUGUCUCUGGACUCAAGAUGGUUAAAGAGGCUCUUGUCAGCCAGCUGGACAGCUUCGUCGAUCGGCCAAUUGUUCCCCUUUUUCACGUUACCUUCAAGGGCCUUGGUAUAGCUCUGAGUAAUGGGUACUUGUGGAAGAAACAGAGAAGGUUCGCCAGUGCUCACCUUCGCUACUUUGGAGAAGGACAGAAAUCUUUAGAAAAAUACAUAGAAGUGGAGUCCAGCUUUCUUUGCGAAGCCUUCAACGACGAGCAAGGAAAGCCAUUUAACCCCCACUACGUCCUAACAAACGCAGUGAGUAACAUAAUCUCAUCUGUGGUCUUUGGACAUCGAUUUGAGUACUCGGACCCAAGCUUUCGGGAAGUCCUGGAGCUGGACAACGAAGCCGUUAUUCUCGCUGGUUCCCUGCGGACUCAGCUGUUUGACGCCUUCCCUGGACUGAUGCAGCACCUGCCAGGGCCUCACCAGACCGUGCAUGCCAACUACAGGAAGAUCCUGGUCUUUUUGAAAAAAGAGAUAGAGAAGCACAGAGAGGAGUGGAAUCCAGAUGAUCCUCGGGAUUAUGUCGACGUCUACCUGUCAGAGAUGGAGAAGAAAAAAGAUGAUCCCCAGGCUGGCUUCGACACUGAAACGCUGCUGGUUAGCACUCUUGACCUCAUCGAGGCUGGAACAGAAACCACUGCCACCACAAUGCGCUGGGCCCUUCUGUUCAUGUUGCACUACCCAGAGAUACAGGAGAAGGUCCAAGCAGAGAUAGACAGAGUGAUCGGGCAGUCUCGUCAGCCCACCGUGGCCGACAGGCCGAACUUGCCCUACACCGAUGCUGUCAUCCACGAGGUCCAGAGGAUGGGAAACAUCGUUCCCAUGGGAUUCCCUAAAAUGGCGAGUAAAGACACAACACUGGGAGGAUACUUCAUUCCUAAGGGAACAUAUAUGACGACAAUCCUGGCAUCUGUGCUGUUUGAUAAGAACGAGUGGGCGACUCCAGAUGUCUUCAAUCCCGAGCACUUCUUGGAUUCAAAGGGAAAGUUUGUCAAGAAAGAUGCUUUCUUGCCAUUUUCAGCAGGUAAACGCAUGUGUUUGGGGGAACACCUGGCCAAAAUGGAGCUCUUCGUCUUCUUCUCAGUUAUGCUGCAACGUUUCACCUUUGCCCCGGUUCCAGGAGAAAUGCCCAAGCUGGAGGGCGUGAUGGGCUUCACUUAUUCCCCCGAGGAGUUCAGAUUCCUGGCUGUGCCACCAUUUUCUUUUUUCUGCUGCUGCCCGUUUUUGCGCGCUUUAACCAUGUGGCUUUAUGAUUUUUUGCUGAGCUUUGACCUGAAAGGGCUUUUUUUGUUUGUUUUAUCAUUUCUUCUGAUAGCUGAUUACCUGAAGAACAGGAAACCAUCAAACUUUCCUCCAGGACCAAGAGCUCUUCCCUUCGUGGGAAAUAUCUUGACUUUGGACAGCAAGCACCCGCACGUGUAUUUCACCAAGCUGGCUGACCUCUAUGGCAGCGUCCUCAGAGUCCGCCUGGGCUGGGAUACGUUGGUGAUUGUGAGCGGAUAUAAGAUGGUGAAAGAGGCCAUUGUGACGCAAGCUGAGAACUUUGUGGACCGGCCGUACGACGCAGUCGCUGACAGGUUUUACACCGAGCCCUCAGCUGGUCUAUUCUUGAGCAACGGUGAAAAAUGGAAGAGACAGCGACGUUUUGCCUUGUCUGCUUUACGUAACUUCGGUCUGGGGAAGAACAUGAUGGAGCUCAGCAUCUGUGAGGAGAUCCGACACCUGCAGGAGGAAAUAGAGAGUGAAAAAGGUAAACUUUUCAGCCCAGCAGGCCUCUUCAACAACGCUGUGUCCAACAUCAUCUGCCAGCUUGUCAUGGGGAAAAGGUAUGACUACACUGACCACAGGUUUCAGACGAUGCUGAAGUACAUGUCUGAGGUGAUUUGGCUGGAGGGGAGCAUUUGGGGCGAACUCUAUCGGGCAUUCCCCAGCGUGAUGAAAUAUUUGCCAGGUACUCACAACAAAAUCUUCAGGAUUUACGACAGCAUACUAGAUUUCCUUCACGAGGAAAUACAGGAGCACAAGAAGGAUUUGGACGACAGCAAUCCAAGAGACUACAUUGACUCUUUUCUCAUUGAGCUAGAGAACCAAAAAGACUCCAACCAGGGCUUCACAGAGAGCAACCUGGCUUUCUGCUCUCUUGACCUCUUCAUUGCAGGAACAGAAACAACAGCCACCACGCUGCAAUGGGCUUUGAUUUUCCUGAUUAAAAACCCCGACAUCCAAGAGAAAGUCCAGGCAGAGAUUGACAGAGUGAUCGGACAGAGUCGCCAACCCUCCAUGGCCGACAGACAGAACCUUCCGUACACUGAUGCUGUGAUCCAUGAGAUCCAGAGGAUGGGAAACAUUGUUCCUCUGAAUGGAUUCAGGGUCGCUGCCAAGGAUACAACUCUAGGUGGUUACUUCAUACCAAAGGGAACAUCUGUGAUGCCCAUGUUGACAUCCGUACUGUUUGACAAAUCUGAAUGGGAAACUCCAGACACCUUCAAUCCCGGACACUUCCUGGAUGCCAAUGGGAAGUUUGUGAAGAGAGAAGCAUUCCUCCCGUUCUCUGCAGGAAAACGCGUGUGUCUUGGUGAAGGCCUCGCUAAGAUGGAGCUGUUCCUGUUUUUGGUCGCCUUACUGCAGAAGUUCACUUUCUCUGUUCCUGACGGAGUCGAGCUGAGCACUGAAGGAAUCACUGGGACGACACGAGUGCCUCAUCCCUACAAGCUGUCUGCUAAGGUCCGCUGAGCUGAGGACUUUUCACCAGACCUGGUCUGGCUCAAAGAAAGAAAAUAAAAAAAAGAUUGGGUGAAGUGUUUAUGAAGACAACUUUGACAUCAACCUUUCACUGUUGCCUUAUUACUGCUUCUUAUUAUUAUACCAUUUAGCUAUGGAUGACAGUUAAACAAAUAACAAUGUAACAACAUGUAAUCUUUUAGAAAAAUAUGAAUGCAAGCUUCUUUAUUAUUAUUUGCAUCGCGAACAUUGUCUAUGUACCAGUCGUGUAAAACAAUAUAUUACCGAUAACAUAAGAGAGAAUGUCCAUUGGAUAUAGAAUGUUCAAUAAUAUUGCUAUUUUUGUGUGGAGUUAACAUUAUCAUAUUAUGAAUUACAAUGUAUGAACAGCUGGACAGUAAGGGUUCUCCUUACGGUCCGUACUGUUCUCACACAGAAGUUAGUUUCAGGAAGCAACAAUGUGUUUUGCCGUUUGGAACAUUUAAAUAAAUUGGACAUGGUAUAAUUUCUGUGUGGAAAAAGGUGGAGCUGAUCUCUCCCAAGAACAUUUCUCGAUAAACAACACCUUUAUCAGACUUUGCCAGGAGGCUGAGCAACGUGGUUUCAUGGCCCUUUGACGUCACCGCUGUCACUCAUGUCUCUGUUUUUGCCCUUUGUUUUGUCUGAAUGUUGCCAUUUGCCCCAAUGUGUCCUUUCCUCUUUUUUGUUUUAUUUUGUUUGAGUACUCCACAUUUAAACCAGAAGAGGAUUAUUUUUAGUUUAUUAGUAAUAUUAGAAUUGUGGAGUACGCACUAUUCAGAUCAAUAUUAUACAGUCCAGAAAUCAGAAUCAAAAUCAGAAUUAGAAUUAGAAUAACUACAAAGUUAGAAUCCAGAAAUACUUAACAGCAACAGUCUCUAGAAACUGUGGACUACUCACUAUUAACCCAGAAAAGGAAUUUUAGAUUAGUCGCUCUUUAGCUUAUUUUAUCAGAAACUGUAGAGUACUCACUAUUUAGAUGCAGAGACCAGAAGCUCAAAGGAAACUUCUGGAUCAACAUUAUUAGACUAUUUUUCAGACUCCUGUUUUCCCAACCCAUAAAUGGAAAUAGACCAGUGGAUACUCAGCAACCCCGAACCGGAGCUCCUUGCUUACAUACAUUAGAUAAACAUUUAAUUGUCUUUCUUCUUUUGCUCUUUCCUUUGGUUUCUUAUUUUGUUUGCAUUUCCUUUUAAUUAAUGUAAAGCAAUUUGAAUUGCCUUGUUGCUGAGAAUGUGCUAAAUAAAAUUGCCUCGCCGCACAUCAUG